UGGAGGUUCUUGUCUUUCUUCUAGGGUGUGGUUUGUUUUGUUAUUGACUGUUCUUCCAGAGAUGCAAAGGAGUCAAAGUGAUUUUCGCCCCUUCAAGCAGAGGAAGAAUUUAGCAACUCGGAUGCAUGAAGCAAGUGACAUUCGGGCAAGGUAUCCAAACAAGAUCCCGGUAGUGGUGGAGCGUUACCGGAAGGAGAAGAGCCUCCCCAGGUUGGACAGGAUCAAAUUCUUAGUGUCAGAAGAUAUAUCCGUAUCUCAGUUUAUCUUCACACUGAGAACCCGCCUAUCCCUCACGGCCACACAAGCUUUCUACCUGCUGGUGGACAGCAAAAGCUUGCCCUGCUUGAGCCUGACCGUCGCCGAGGUUUACCGUGACAACAAGGACGAAGAUGGCUUCCUGUACCUGACCUACGCUUCCCAGGAGAUGUUCGGUCAAGGUGGCCUUGGCAAAGAUCUGUGAUGCCAUUCUGGCAAUGGGAAGGUCCUGGGUGCCCCUUGGAAGUCCAUCCUGCUCUGUUCCCUUUUGUGAGAUGCAGUUAUUAUGACCAGCAUCUUGAAAAAAAAAACCCUUUUGUGUGUGAAUGGCGCAGGGAGAUUAGUCACAAAGGGCCAGAAUCUGUGUUGGUGGUAGCUUUGUCCCUGAAGCAGCUUAACUACCUUGCAUUAUUAUCUGCCUGAAAGGACUCCUGGACCAGGGGAUGCUUUCAGAGGUUAGAGACCUCCUUAUAAACUCUGCAGGGUCGUCACAUUAAUCCACUGCAGCUUAUUCUUUUUAUCCAGCUUUCCCCCACAACCCCCUUCUCUCUUUUUAUGUAUAUAAAAGAGCUUCACUUCAUGUUUUGCACUGAGAA